AGAAAUCUUGAACGAACAAAAACUGUUUUUAGAAACAAUGAAAAUAAUACUUUAGAUAAACUUGAUGUUAAUAUAGCCAGUAAUUUGGUUUCAUAUUUAACGAAAAAUGAUGAUUCUACCUUGACUAAAUCACGAGAAAAUAGAUGGAAAUCAAAUAAAAAGACUGAUAAUAACACAAAAGAUCAUCCACGUGCUGAUAACUCUGCUUUUUUACCGUUACAAAUCGGAUCUUUCGUAAUAGCUAAAUUUGACAAUACAUUUUGUGUUGCUCAAAUCAUUGCCAUGUAUGAACAAAAGUCCUUGAUGCAUUCAUAUACUGAUACUCCUGUUUCAGAUCUCAAAUCUCUUUCUUAUGUAUCUAUGAAAAUUUUCUUUCAUGUUAAUGGUGCAAUUUUUUCAGAGAUUCGGGAUCAUCAUUUUUUAAUUUUUUCUCAUACUAAAGCUUCUCAUAUUAUUCAUCAUUUGGUAUUAAAAGAUGUUAUUAUUAGUGAAGAAGCAUUAAUUCUUAAAGGACAAGCAAAGGAAUAUUUUAAUGCACUCCUUAAAACUAAAUUCAAUAAAAAGCAAAUGCUUAAAGUUAUUAAAGAUGUAAGUAAAGACAAAUUUAUAGCAAUUGUUUCAGAUGCAGAAACUGCAAUGCAAUUAGUUAAAAGGAGAGUAAUAAAUAAGCAUCCACAUAUAAUGACAGUUAGAUAUAAUUUAAAACUUUCAGUUAAAAUACGUUGA